UCACAACCUCCAGUAACCUUCCUCCACUCUGCCGGACGGGCUCUCUCCGCCAGCAUUCCUCCGCUGGAACCCCACACACUUUUUUGGAUAUCUUUAUUUCGGUUUUUGGAUUUUAAUGCCUGAGUUAAUCAUCCAUCUAGCACUACUUUCGGGUAGUUUGCAUAUAUUUUCCUUUGGCGACGAGCGGCUGCGGCGCGGGGCUGAACAUAUCCGCGAGCUGUGUUUAGGUGCCCUCUACCAGCCCCUCUCUGGAUGCAUCAGACUCCUCUGCCCCGGGGCCCUGGACCCGGUGUGUGACCCCGCCGCCCUCGCCCCAUUCCCCUUCUCCUCUCCCUUCUCCGUCCGCCCCACACGAUCCCCCCCUACCUGCCCCUCCCAGCGUCCCAGGUCUGGGCCCCCUGCCUCUCCACCAGCAGGCGGAGGCAGGGGGCCAUGGCGCCAUGGUAGCCUUUGGCGGACGCAGCCCCGUCGCCAUGAGCGCCGUGACCCCUCCAGAGGGCCGGGUUCAGGGGUCGAGUUAUACCCCACAUCACUACAAACCCUUCAGCUCGCAUGAACACUACCAGCAGGUGAUGCGUGCGCUGCGUAAGCUCCAGGAGAGUGGCUUCUACUGGGGGGCCGUCGGGGGCCGGGAGGCCAGCUCUCUCCUGCGCUCUGAACCUCCGGGCACUUUCUUGAUCCGCGAUUCCUCAGACCACCAUUACUUCUUCACCCUGUCCGUCCAGACAGUGCGAGGAACCAAGAAUCUGCGCAUCCACAGUGAGAUGGGGGGCUUCUUCCUGCAGCCAGACCCCCAGAACACCCAGGAGCCCCCGCGGUUUGACUGCGUGCUGAAGCUCAUCGCACACUACAUGGGGAAAGGGCCGGACGCCGCGAGGAGCAGAGAGGAGGCGAGUGGGAGCAGUUCGGGAGACGCGAAGACGAAGGGGUGCAAUGUUUAUCUGAUCCACACCAGCGGAGAGAAGAUCCCCCUGGAGCUGCGGAGGCCCCUCCGGACGUCGCUCUCGUCCCUGCAGCACAUGUGCAGAAGGACGCUGAACAGCCGCGGUCUGGUCGGGUCCGACCGGACCGAGCAGCUGCCGCACACGCUCCGAGACUUUCUGGAGGAGUACGACGCUCCGAUAUGACUGACGGCACCUGCGCGUGAAGGAGACCGGCUCCGGAGUGUUGGAGGCCGACCGGGCCGAGCCGUUGGGCGCGGACGGGAGGUCAGUUCCCGGCGGCGGUCGCAGCCGCCUCGUCCGUCCUGCCUUUUGCAAAAACUGACCACUAGGGUGAGUGGCAGAUGAAGCCAGAGGUCAAAGGUCAACGUUUCCCUGUGACUGACUCCGACGCAGAGCAGCGCCUCGUAGAAGAUUAACCCGACCGGGAGUGAUCUCCCCCCCCCCCCCCCCCCCCCCCCCCCCCCCCAACUCCCCUCCCCUGCCGGUGAGCUCGGUGGGGUUAAGAAAGAAACCCUCCCAGUCAGCAUGACAUUUACGACGCCCCGGAACCCCGGGCGGAGAAACAGACGGCCGAGAGAGAGAGAGAGCGAA